UCCAACCAUUACAUUUAUUUUCUACUAUAAAAAUGAUCACGUUAAGUAUAAUUUAAAAGGUAAAUAUGUGUUAGUCUAGCUUUCCGAAUAUCUAGUCUUCCGUAUUGUUCACACGGACUUGUUUUGGAAACGCACCGAAAAGCCCGGGUUAGAGUGGAGCAUGGGAGGAGAGGAGGACAGAUAUCAGAGACUGUUCAACGUGCUGACCACAUAACCAAUGUGGAAAGGCUUGCUGCUGAGGAGCUCCACCUGUCUCUUGCAGGUGGGAGCUCCAAGGUUUCUCCUCCAAGGAUGCCUUACAUCUCCAUUUUUGAGACCUCUAGCAAAGAGGCUGCUUCACAGGCCAUUUCCAAUACCUUUGGGUACAGGCUACUUCCUGACACACACUGGGACCAGAGGCUAUAAAAAAGACACCAAAUCUACUUUAGAGUUCCCUGUGACCCCAGUCACAGUCACAGACAUCAAACAGUAUCUACGCUCCAAAGAUAUUCCCUUCCACGAUGGUUACAGCUGCCUCCACAUUCCCAGCAUCUUUGUGGAUUUGUCAACCAGGAAGGAGGUCUUCUCCCUGUUCAUUGACAAAACCACGGGACAGUUUCUGUGCAAGGACACGCUGGUGGAGGGGAGCUGGGAGGACCUCCAGGACUGUUUGGAGGUGAUGCAGAAGGACGGGGAAGAGUCCCUUAACCCUAAUGUGCUUCUGGGGUAUCCGGAGAGUGUGGAGGAGCAGGAGGAGAGAGAGAGGGAGCUGAGAGAGGUGCAGAGGAUCUGGUCCACCUCUGUGCCACUCACUGACCUCCCAGAGGAUGAAGCUCAGCUGAUUAAAACCAUUUUCCAGAUCACAAAGAUCUCCAAUGCAACCCUCAAGAAGUUUGGAGUGAGAUUAUUCAAGCCAACCAAAAGCCUGGUUUUCCCCUGGUUUGGUGGACCUGAUUCCUCUUUAAAAGGGGUCAAGCUCCUGUCAGCUCAAAGAACAGAAACUGACAAAGUCACAUAUAAUGAAGCUACAGUCCCAAAGUCUAACUCCUAUUACAACUUGUUUGGCCUCCCUCUUGUGGGACGUCUGGACUCGGAGGUGGUGGUGACGGGUCACGAGUUUGACACGAUGGCUGUGAGUCAGGCAACAGGACUCCCGAGUGUUGCUCUUCCUCGCGGGGUCAGCUGCCUUCCUCCAAUCCUGCUGCCCUACCUGGAGCAGUUCAAGCGGGUGACUCUGUGGCUCGGGGGAGACAUUCGCUCCUGGGAGGCAUCAAAGAGCUUUUCUCGCAAGCUGGGCAUCAGGCGUUGCUCCCUUGUGCGGCCCGGUGAGUACCGGCCGUGUGCGGUGGAGGCUCUGGCCCGAGGUAAAAACUUAAGCAACAUCAUUAAAGCCUCGAUCCCAGCGGCCCAUAAGUCCAUAGUGUCCUUCAAGCAGCUCAGAGAAGACGUUUAUGGGGAGCUCGUCAACACAGAUCAGGUGGCUGGAGUGAAGUGGACGAGGUUUCCUGAGCUCAACAGGAUUUUGAAGGGACACCGCAAGGGAGAGCUGACUGUUUUUACAGGUCCUACUGGAAGUGGGAAAACCACCUUUAUCAGUGAGUUGGCCCUGGACCUUUGCAUGCAGGGUGUCAACACUUUGUGGGGCAGCUUUGAGAUCAACAAUGUCCGUCUAGCCAAGAUCAUGCUGACACAGUUCGCCAUGCAGAGGCUGGAGGAGAACCUGGAACAGUAUGAUUUCUGGGCAGACAAGUUUGAAGAGCUGUCGCUUUACUUCAUGACUUUCCAUGGGCAGCAGAACAUCAAGACAGUGCUGGACACAAUGCAACAUGCUGUCUACCUCUAUGAUAUCAACCAUGUCGUCAUUGAUAAUCUACAGUUCAUGAUGGGACAAGAAAACCUUUCAGUAGACAAGUUUGCAGUCCAGGACCACAUUAUCGGGGUUUUCAGGAAGUUUGCCACUAACAGCUCCUGUCAUGUCACCCUGAUCAUUCAUCCGAGGAAAGAAGAGGAUGACCGAGAACUGCAAACGGCAUCAAUCUUUGGUUCUGCUAAGGCCAGCCAAGAGGCCGACAACGUCCUCAUACUGCAGGAAAAGAAGCUGGUGACGUGUCCUGGCCGCAGAUCCCUGCAAGUGACCAAGAACCGCUUUGAUGGAGACGUGGGCAUCUUCCCCCUGGACUUCAUCAAGUCUUCGCUGACUUUUUCCACUCCCAUCAAAGGAAAACACAAGCUGAGGAAGGUCAACACUAAGCCGGAAAACGAGGAGGAGGACGAGGCCACUGCAGCGGCGUCAAAGAAGGAGGAGGUUAAAAAAGACAAGGUAGAGAAAGUGAAAGGAAACACAAAGACUCCACGAACUGUUAAAAGUCCUGCAAAUGGAAAUGGAGCCAUUCAGAAGUGAACUUUCAGAGUAUUCUCUCUGUUGAUCAGGGAUUUGAAUGUUAAACCUCAACCAGACUCUUUGUAUGAAAGAUAAUGUUCGACAGUUGUAUGUCAAUAACAGGAGGUUCAGCAAAGCUAAAUACAAGUACAUAAAUAUGAACAUGCAUAUGAAAUGUAUGAAUUAACAUCCCUGAAUCCAGAAUAUGCCAGGUAGUGAAAACGUGUUUCAUCGUGGAAUGAAGCAUGUUACAGACAGAAUGUGAAAUAAUGACAGCAAAGUGUUAAACUAGUCUUCAAAGCUUUUCUGUUCAAUGUAGUAAGACUGAAUUUGUUAAGUGUUGUUUAACGUAUUGAAAUAAUAAUGUGACGCCAGGAACUACUGAUUAAAUAGGGAUGGUAACACUAUCACUGUCUGCUUAGAGGCAUAAUACAAACCCCUGCACAUUACCACAGUGUGUUCUCUACUGACUUUUUGUACAACAAUGAUUUGUUGCUUUUUAUAAUAAACCCCCCCCAACAACUUCUAAUGCAGAUUGUGAUUGCGUUUUCUAUCUGUGGUCACCAGGGGGCGUUGUGUGCUAAGAGACUGGAGUUUAGUUAACUUCAGAUAAUUGUUGAGCAGCAAAUAUCAGCUGUCCUAUUUCCAAAUGGCAGUGAUCACUGACUACAGACAUAUGUGUUCGUUUAGUUUCGUCUCUCGGCUACAGCAGCGACUGCCUUAACAACUUGCUAACGAUUUGUUCCAUAUGUCUGAUUUAUAAAUGACUACAAGCGUGACAAAGCUCAGUUAUGCACGUUAGGAAAAAUGUAGUUUAAUUCUGCACUCUUUGGUUAAGCAGCAAGCUGUGUACCCCUCUUUCCUUGCUGUUUGACUGAGUUUCAGAGUUUGUUUGUUCCCUUUUAUCCUCCUGUGAGCCUGCCUUUUGAAUAAUGAUAAUUAAGUUCAAAUACCACGUAUGGAAGAGAAGAGUACUAAAGGUUUUAGCACACUUGCCUGUUAAUUACCCUUCAUUGUCCAACCUUGGCCUUCUCCAAUGUCACACCACACAAUGCAUUAUUUAGAGUGGGUGACUUUAAAUAAAUGCAAAGUGUUUUUAAAACAUCUUCCUAUGAAUAUUUCAUGGGUAAAGUCAACUACCCUGCCUCAGUUGCACUGGUGUGGGGUUACGAGUAGAAUCAGCAGCUCUCAGAAGUGAAGAAAGUCUGCAUUGCGCUGUGUCGUGGGCUGCUGCAGGACGUAUUGAUGGCUGAAGUGUCGCACUUUAUCACAGUCACUGCAAACCCAUAUAAAUUUCAGGUUUAUGAUUUAAAGGAUUAGUGGUUCAAUGUGGGGAUAUGAAAGUGCCUGUGUGUUUUAUACCAGGGCCUUUGGUGAUUUGCAACCUUGAAAUAUGCACUGAAUAAAUCAAAUGUCACUGUGGGAAUGGCACAAGUGUAAAAUCAAGGACCAAAGGUGCCAAAAUGGAAAAAAAACUAACUACUGAAUAAUGAAAAAAUCCAAUUUAAUGCACUAGAUACAUAGAUACAAGUUAUAGAAUAUUUUCUUUUCUGUUAUUUCGUAUUUCUGUAUUUUCUUUUACAGUUCCUUUAUGUUUCAAUAUAAAACGAGCUGGCCAACACCAAAGGCAAACACUGGACUAUUAUUGCAACACCUUGAUUAAUCUAUUCAGCUGUAGAUUUCCUUACAUCCUUUGAGUUUGUUCCAUGGCCCAAUUUGGGCCAAGCUUUGGUCUCACAGAUGGCCUCACAUUUGAUUCUAGAAUACUUUGGUAUAUAGAGGAAUUCAUAGUCCACUCAGUGACUACAAAGUGCCCUGUAACUGCAAAACAAGCCUGAAUCAUCAACCCUCCUUUGCUGUGCUUUGACAGUUGAGCUGUUUGUGCUGAUAAUGCUGUGCAUUGUGGCCAACAUCUCCACUUUGGUCUCAUCUGUCCACGGGACAUUGUUCCAGAGGUCCUGUGGAUUAUACAGAUGCAGGUUUGCACACAAAAACCAGCCACGAGAGAA